AUGACAGCAGAAGGUGGCUCGCAUAACUUCUCUUCAGGUGUCACAGAAACUCGACCGACAGGCCCACUUUUCAUCGAUGAUGGGGGAUGUAGAUGCGCUUUGCAAGAAGAGUUGGGUACAGAGGCGUGGAGAUGUAUUGCCAAUACGACUAACAACAUCUACUCGGGACAAACAGGGAAGUGGUUCUUCGCAGUCAACCAAGCCAAUUCUGCAUCGCUCCAAGAUUUACCCAAUUCCGACAGUAACCCUCCGGACCUCAGUACACCUUACUUCAUAGAAGGUGAAGGACAAAACGAGAAAUUUGUGGAGAUCACAUCAGAAAAUGAAAACACCGAUCUCGGAGAUGUGACUUGCUCGGGCAAGAAUGACACAGAGGCGUCGUCAGAUCUCUACAAAGAGGUGUCAGUCUCCACGACGGAGUCGUUGAGUCCCUGCUGGCAGCCAGGCACAACACCCCUCAUCCUACAAGACGCUAGUGAAUGGAAUGCGACAGGUUGCAAUCUUGGCUUCCUCUGUCAGAACAACACGGCCAGUAAUCCACCAACCUACUGUCCACCUUCUCCUCCCGCCCAGAUCGCUAGACUUGAAGGUGUAACAACCCCUCCGAUGGGACCUUACGAGCCCGUCGUCUGCCAAAAAGGGAACUACUGCCCACCUGGAGGUACGCAACAGAUCAUAUGUCCCUCUGGCCACUUUUGCUCGAUUGGCGCCUAUGAGCCUACCCAAUGCAGCUUCGGUGCUCUUUGCCCGCCUGCCAGUUACAGAGAUAGAUCAUUGCUGCCUCUCAUCCUGCUGAUCGCCUUGGAUCUGUUGAUCAUAUCUGCUAUACUGGUUUCAAAGAUACAAUGGAAUGGGAGACGUGAAAGUCCUCGGAGGCGUAGCAGAAGGGCGAAACAUUUGAGGAAGGUACUCCCCUUCUCCCGUUUAGGAGCCCAGAAUGAACAAUAUCUUCCCAUCUAUGAUGGCAAUUUCCCCUUGGAAUCUAGGAUAUCGGGAGUGAGGCGAGCCAACACAAGUUCUCUAGCUGCUAUGGACAACGAUUUCGCGUUUCAUGAAAGUAACGCGGUGGAUGACGAGAGAUCAGACUCCAAUAUCCAACAAUUGGUCCAAUCUCUGUCAAGAUGCACAACUGCUGCCAGUAUCGGUCUCUCCUUUGAGUUUGCAAAUCUCAGCUAUCAGCCGAAAGGCUCCAAUCAGCCUAUCCUGUCUCAAGUCACAGGCGGGAUCACUAGUGGAAGCUUCUGGGGUAUCAUGGGCGCCUCCGGGGCUGGCAAAUCAACUUUUGUCAACGUACUUAUGGGCAAACAUUCGCACACCGGAGGUGUCACCAAAAUCAAUGGAGGUACUGGCAUCUCCUCCAAAUAUAAGAAGGUCAUUGGCUACGUGCCUCAAGAUGAUAUUGUCUUGCCAGAGCUUACCGUCCGCGAAAACAUCUUGCAUUCUGCCCGAAUACGAUUGCCGUCGGACUGGAGCGACAAGGACGCCCAGAGACACGUGGAGUUAGUGUUGAAAUGCCUGCAACUACCGCAUGUGCAAAAUUCGCGAGUCGGCAGUACUGCUGCACCAGUGAUCUCCGGUGGGGAGCGCAAGCGUGUCAGUAUUGGCAUGGAGCUUGCCGCAGCUCCGAUGGCAUUAUUUCUGGAUGAACCAACAUCAGGUCUGGACGCUACUUCCGCUUCCUCUAUCAUGUUGAUAUUGAAAGCUGUUUCACGCUUGGGCAUCACUGUCGUGACAAUUAUUCACCAGCCACGGCACGAGAUCUUCGAAGCGCUCGACAACGUUCUACUACUUGGUGCGGGAAGAGUGAUAUAUUCAGGGAAAGAGGCAAAGGCCCAAGCAUACUUCGAAGACUGCGGCUUCAAUUUUCCCGAGGGCCAUAACCCAGCGGAUACCAUAAUGGAUAUCAUCGCGGGUCAAGGACAUCUGUACAAGAAGCUGGGUGACACCGAUGUCUCACACUUGAUCGAGCAAUGGACAUAUCGUCAAGACGCCAUGAAAGCAGCGACAGGCUUCCCUUGCCCCAGUCCUUCCGAUGUCGAGAUAGUUGCCUUGGACAGGACAGUUCAAAUGCGAGGGGCAUCUUGGUAUCGCCAGACCUACUUCUGCCUUAGCAGGGCUUUCCUACAACAGUACAGACUCAGGUCCAGCUUCUAUGCGGAAAUCAGCGUCGCUACUCUCACGGGUCUCCUCCUUGGUUUAGCGGAAACGAGCGAAGAUGGCAUUAACUUCCGCGGGAUUUUUCAUCAUCCUUACGAGCUUCUUUCGUCAUCGGCGGAUUACAGUUCGGUGCCAGAGAUGUCGUUGCUCAUCGGUCUAGCGUCUGGAAUCAUUGCAAGCCCACCAGGAGUCAGGGUCUUCGGCGAAGAGAAACUGAUGUACGCCCGCGAGGCCUCCUCAGGCCAUAAUCGCUUUGCAUACUACAUCGGCAAAGUCCUCUCCACACUGCCCAGAAUGAUUUUAUCUAGCCUACACUUCACGAUGCCUUUUAUGUAUCUCUCAACACCAAGAAUGUCCUGGGGCGCAGCAUUCAUUGCCAAUCUGCUCUACUUCUACUGCAUCUAUGGCCUCUCGUCAUGCGUCUCUAUGGUGACAAGGCGAGAAGAUGGACCGUUGAUUGCAACCAUGACUAGUCUAGUGGUAGCCAUAAUCAGUGGCGUCAGACCGAGUCUGCACACCGUCGGAGGAUGGCACAUGACGUGGCUGUGGAGAGCGAGUCCCGGGACAUGGUUGUCGGAAGCUUAUUUCACGGAGAAUGUCACGCCGUAUCGCUAUCUUUACCAGAUCGAUCCUGCGGCGGCGGGGACGGGGUUCAAUUUGGGUCACUACAGUCUAGAUCUAGCGAUGCUGUUUAUGCUGGGGACAUUGUACCGAGUGAUAGCUUUCGGGGCUUUGAGGGUGUUCAAUCGGAGAAGUCAUAGAUGA